GAUUGUAGUUAAAGUGGUACCACACGUGCAUACAUGUGUAAACAAGGUAGCUUGUCAACAUUUUAACGUUUUCGGACAGGAUGUUCGGGUUUAGUAAGCUAAUACUGUGUAUAGAAGAUUUAUAAAAAAAAAAACACAACGUCCGUUUAUCAUUUUCUGAGCCAAAAUGGCGUCGACAGAUGUGCAGGACGACAGUGACGACGGUAUGGACGCCUUCAUGGAUAAAUUCAAGUCUCAGAGGUAUAAAAAUGCUUUCAGUGAAAAAAACUGGGAACAGGAGUUCAAUAAAAUACCAAUGUUCAUGAAAACAGCCCCCGAAGAAAUCGACCCUAAACAAUACCCUGAAUUAGCCUGUCUCCAGUCAAUAAUCCACGACGAAGACAGACCUCCAGAAGAGCAAGCACAGAGCUUGAAAGAUGAAGGAAAUGCAUAUUUCAAGGAAAAGAACUACAAAAAUGCAGUGGUGGCCUAUACAGCAGCUUUGAAGAAGUGUGGGGACCAGGAGCUCAAUGCUGUUCUUCUGACAAACCGGGCAGCUUCACAUUUCCACCUCGGUAACAUGCGCUCCGCACUGAAUGAUGCUGCUGCUGCAAAGAAGAUCAAACCAGACCACCUCAAAGCCUUGAUCAGAGGUGCUCAGUGCUGCAUGGAACUGCGUAACUUUUCAGGCGCCAUCCAGUGGUGUGAUGAGGGGCUGAAGGCCCACCCAACUGAUAACAAGCUGAGGGAGCUGAGAGCGACUGCAGAUAAGCAUAAAAGAGCAGCAGAGAGAGAUGCCAGGAAAGCCAAGGCCAAAGAAAAGAAGCUGCAUGGUGAGAAAGAGGCCCUCCUGGAUGCUAUAAAGGAACGAGGCAUCAAGCUUUUCCAGCCCAUGAAUUCCUGCCCUGAGGGUUCAGAAGGUGAAGGUGAUGAUGAAUGCCCAUCAGCAGGAAUAGCGCAGCUGAACCUAGACACCCUCAGCUCUCUGGAGGUCACACGGGCUCAGGUGUUCCUGGAUGAGCAAGGCACUUUGCACUGGCCGGUUCUGUUUCUCUACCCCGAGCAUCAACAGACUGAUUUCAUCUCAGCCUUCUGUGAAAAUAACAGUUUUGGAGAUCACCUGUCUGUCAUGUUUGGGGAGGAACUUCCACCUUGGGACACAGACAGAAAAUAUCACCCACAAAAUCUGCAGCUGUACUUCGAAGAUGAGGAGAAUGAGACACUCUACCAAGUUGAUCCCAAUAUGUCACUUGUAAAAAUAUUGCAGCAUAAAAGGUUCUUUGUGAAGGCAGGUACUCCCAGCUUCAUGGUUUUGGCGAAAGACUCAUCGUUCUGGAAGCAGUUUAUAUCCAGAAGGAAAAUCCAUGGAUUGUAGACACAGACACAUAAUGUCAAAAAGUAUAGGACUGACUUGAUUUAUUUUUUGUUUUGUUUUGAAGACAAUAAGGGAAGAUGACUGUCUUCUUUGACUCCAUUAAUGAAAUAGGAUCUCUUGAAAUACGUUUCAACUCCGUUUUCUCUGUAAAGAUUAAAUAUUUCAGUGUAAAUCUAA